UCUCCAUAAACGGCCCCUCUCUCCGGGGUGGGGGAACUCCCCGGUCACUGGAGUAGGUUACAGCUUGUUGUGAGGAUGCAGGGAGCAAGGGAUGGACUCGGCCCAGACCCCUGCACCUGAAGGGGGAAGUCGCCCAUUCCUUGUACUGCCCUUGCUGGAGAUGGCGUACUGUGGAGAGCGGGGACUGGCCAGCUCCAGGUAGACUUCCCCGGUGAGAAAAGGAACAGGCUUCACCUAGCCUGGCAGUUUUCAGUUUCCUCAUCAGGAAAGAUGGGAUUAAAUAGCCUCGAAGGAUCAAGGAUGGAUUACAAAGGUGCAAAUGAGAUCAUGCCCCAGCCCACCCGGCCUGACCUAAUAACAGGAGGUUCCGCUCCCCACCAAGCUGCGCUGCUGACUUCCUCUCACCUCUAGGCCGGCCUCGCUGGGUCUCCUGGAGGGAGGAGUUCAGGCUUGGUGGGUGGGAUCCUAAUAGCUCCUCCCUCCUAGUGGCAUAUAUAUGCCAUGGUCAUAUCACGGACCACACAAUCUGGUGCAAGACUAGAUUCAGAGUCCUUUCUGGGAGGCCAGCCUCAGAGACCAGCCACCCCAGACCCACGCAGAGCCACCGGCUCCAGGAACGAAUAGGCCCUUUGGAGUCAUGUCUGCUUUCUGACCAGGAGCAGUGCUGAGCUUGGAUUCAACUACUCUGUGAUCAAGGAGCUCCUCUGGGCACCUACCUAUGCACCCAAGGCCAGUGGCCUCAAGGAACAAGACAUUCAGGACAGGAAGCACGGUGAGAUCUGAGGGUGUGUCUGUUCCGUGGAGAGAUGCUGCAGAGCCCAACCUCCUGAAGAAAACCCACCUCGGUCCAGUCCUUCAUUCACAGCGCAAUGGCGGUCGAAGCAGCCCUGGCGGGACUCCAGGCAGAAGCCAACUGUCCCAUCUGUCUGGAUUAUCUGAGAGACCCCGUCACCAUCGAAUGUGGCCACAACUUCUGUCGAUCUUGCAUCCAACAGUCCUGGGAAGACCGCUGGGACAUGUUCCCUUGCCCGGUCUGCCGUCACCCGUGCCAACAGAGGCACUUCAGGAGCAACGCCCAGCUGGGAAGGAUGAUCGACGUCACCAAGCUCCUCCACAUCACCAGGAACAAGAAGAAGAGGCAGGAAGAGAGGCGCUUGUGCGAGAAGCACAACCAGGUCCUGACCCUCUUCUGUGAGGAGGACCUGGAGGUGUUGUGUGCCCUGUGCACUCAGCCCCCUGACCACCAGGGCCACCAGGUGAGGCCCCUGGAGGAGGCUGCCUCUCAUCACAGGCAGAGACUCAGCAGUUACAUCGAGCCCCUGAAGAAGCAGGUGGCAGAUGUUCAGAAAUUAAUAAGCAUUCAAAGCAAAAAGCCCUUGGAACUGAGAGAGAAGGUGCAAAAUCAGAGACGGAAAUUAGCCUCUGAGUUUGAGCACCUGAACCGGUCUAUAGCACGUGAGCAAGAGGCGGUUCUGGCAAGGCUGGCUGAGGAAGAGAGGGACAUUCACCGGAAACUCAGUGCAAACAUUACCGCAUGUUCAGACCACAUUUCCACCCUCAGAGGCCUACUGAAGGAGGUGGCAGAGAGGUGCGCGAUGUCUGAGGUGAGACUGCUGACUGACAUCAGGAGCAUCCUCCACAGGUGCGAGCGCCUGGACCCCCCAGCUCCCUACUCGAUCCAGUUAAGGAAAGAGGGGUGCAGCCUCCCUCCGCAGUAUUCGGCUCUGCGGAAAAUUAUUCAGAAAUUUAAAGAAGAAGUUACUCUGGAUCCUGAAACAGCACAUCCUAAUCUGCUUGUCUCUGAGGACAAAAAGGCUGUGACAUUUGUGAGGAAAAAGCAAAGAGUUCCUCGCAAUCCAAAGAGAUUUACAGUGGAUCCAGUUGUCCUGGGUUCUGAAGGGUUCGACUGUGGCCGACAUUACUGGGAGGUCCAGGUGGAUGACAAGCCUGCGUGGGCCGUGGGGGUUUGUACAGAUUCCCUUUCCAGAAAGGGAAAGCGGCCCCCUUCAGGACACAGCAGACGCUGGACAAUUCAGCUGCAGAAUGGUGACUAUGUGGCACAAGGCGCUGUUCCUGUCCCUCUUGUGCUGAAGGAAAAGCCCAGAGGGGUUGGCAUUUAUCUGGACUGUGAGUUGGGUAACAUUUCAUUUUACAGUUUGAAUGACAGGUCUCACGUCCAUUCUUUCACGGAUACAUUUUCUGAAGUCCUAAAGCCUUACUUCUGUAUCGGACGUGACUCUCAACCUGUGAUGGUCUGUGCAGCGAGAGAUUAUGAAGGAUGAACAGUGACUCUGCUUCCUUUUCUUCCUGUAGUUUGUGGAGUAGGUAGAAUAUGUCAGUAAAUUGAGCACCAACAGAAGUUUUUUUAAUACUGUUUGACUUAAAAACAUGCAGAAAGUUUUUCUCCUUUUGUUUUUUUUUCUUAAUUUUGUUUCAAUAGCAAUAGAGAUGUGGGAACUAAUAGAGAUGAGGGGAUUCACUGUAAAAUGUUUCAGGAAUUCUAACCUGGAGUGUAUAACAUUGUAAUUUCACGGCUUCAAUGAAUUUGUGAAGUGUUACUUAUUUCCUAACCCUA